ACAGUUCCCCCCGCGACCCUCAUGUGGAGGAUAAAGCGGUAGAAAAUGUAUGGAUGGGAAGCAAGAAAGAUGCCCACACUGACGAUGUAAUACAAUUUAAGAACCCUGUUAAUAACUGACAUAUUUUGCUGGGAACAAAUUCAGUUAUGUAUGUUUUGAAUCAGCAAGAGGACCUAAUUUAUGCUGUGAUUAUGAUGAACUACACCAGUAAGCAAAAAUACUGAUGACAAAAGAUAAAUGAAACAGCAGUGUCAAGUCUGAGUGUCAAGUUUUAUUAUUUUAUUUUGUCAUUGUCAUUAGUGGCUGUUUUUUUUUGUAGAUAUUGCUGUCACUCUCUAUAACCUAUAUUUUAUACUUGAAGAAACUUGAGGCUGACACAGCUGAAGCUUUUUCACCGACUUUCAGUUGGUGGCCAUACACAAGCAGAGUGACAGCUUGAGGCACAGACUCAGCAAAGCAGACUUGAAGUGGCAUCCAUACAAAGGCAUCUGUUGUGCUUUGCUGUCUUUCAUUUUUUCUUUUUCAUUGCAGGGGAAGCCAAUUAACAAUGUUUGUGGUGUAAGUGGUGCAAUAUGGACUGAGAAAUGAGCCACAAGAAUUGAAAGAGAGCGAGAGAGAAGGGUUCACCUUACUCCAGCAGGUUUUGAUUGAACAGAUCUUAAUGUAAAAUCACAUUCCAGUCUGAUCAUUGUUGCCUCAUUUGGCCAAUUAAAAAUGUUUAAUCUUCAUCAUUAGAGGGAGUUUAUCAGGAGCUAUAAUUAAUGCACAAUCAACAUGACUGAAGCAUGUUAUAGUUGCCCUCCACAACAAAUACUCAAUUCUGGUUGUUUUGGGAGUGUCAGUCCUCUGGCACCACAUUUUUCCUUAUGACUGAAUCAUAAUUCGUGGGGCAUCCUCUCCAACAGAACCAUGUAAGUCUCUUUUUUCUAUCUGUUUUCUCUGUGUCUGGCUGCCGCGCACGCCGGAAACAGACCGUUAUGGUAAGGAAACGAGCUGUGCGCUCUUCUCCUACCCGUCCUCCACUCCUCCACAGAAACCAGUCAUCAUUACCGGGCAACGUGCCUUGGCUCUCCGUUCACCCCGCCUUUCCUGAUCCCUCCCUUCACCGUUUCUACUUUCACUCUCCUUCCCUCCUUCUUGUUCCCUUUGUGCGUCGAAAGAGUCUCCUCCUCUCACCAAGUCUGAGCGCACGUCUCUCCAACCAGCGUUUACGCGCGCACAUGCUCUCCAAGAGAAUCCCCUACGGUCGGCACCUCCCCUUUCCGUUCCUCGCCGCCCUCACUCAUUCAUGACCUCGGAUCGAUGACGUAGGAGAAUCCAACGUGCCCACUGCCGUAGGCAAUUACUGGAUGCUUUGGUAUUUAAGGCACACUGGGAGCAAUGGACCGGCACACUCUCAGUCGCUCCGACUCGGGAACCAGGGCAUCAGCGGAGAUAGCAGGCUAAGGCUUUACUUCGCCCUCUUUAGCUAACUCGCUUUGGGCUUUGGUUCAGGAUGGAAACCUCUUCGAUUACUCGGAGCCGACGAUGCUCCAUCGUGCGCAACUGCAAAAGCGGUCUCUCCCUAUGGUUGGUGGUGUGGCUGGUCCUCGGCAAGCCAAGUCCGGCAUCGGCGUGCCCGCAUCUGUGCGUGUGCUACCCGACGCCCAUGACUGUGAGCUGCCAGGCGCAGAACUUCACCGCCGUUCCUGUCGGAGUGCCCUAUGAGUCGCAGCGCGUGUUCCUCCAGAACAACCGGAUCACGGAGCUUAGAGUUGGCUCUUUCGGCUUCGGAACUCAGGUUCUGUGGCUGUUCUCCAACAACAUCACGUGGAUUGAGGCAGGUGCUUUCAGUGAGCUGAGGGACUUGGAGGAGUUGGACCUGGGGGACAACCCUAACCUCCACAGGCUGGAGGGGGGAGCCUUCCGAGGACUCGAGAAGCUUCAGAGCCUCCACAUGCACCGCUGCCGGCUCACGGCCCUGCCCCAUGACAUCUUCCACAAGCUUUACAGCCUGCAGUUCCUCUAUCUGCAGGAGAAUAAUCUCCACUUCCUGCAGGAUGACAUCUUUUCUGACCUCAUCAACCUGAGCCAGCUUUUCCUGCAUGGCAACCGUAUCCGCACCCUCUCAGAGAAUGUGUUCCGUGGCCUGGUCAACCUCGACCGCCUUCUCCUCCACGACAACCGUGUCAAGCAGGUGAACCGCAGAGCCUUCCGUGACCUCGGCCGUCUCACCAUGCUCUUUCUCUUCAACAACACCCUGGCGGAGCUGCCCAGUCAGGCCCUGAGGGACACCCAGGGAAUCGAGUUCCUCCGUCUCAAUGCCAACCCCUGGUCCUGUGGCUGUGAGGCCCGCCCACUGUGGGAGUGGUUCCGUGAGGCACGUGUCUCCUCCUCUGAGGUAAUCUGCGCCUCUCCUUCUAAUCGCCGUGGCCAGGACCUCCGCUUCCUCCGUGAGAUGGACUUCGCCCUCUGCCCUUUGCCAGAUCCCGGCUCUAUCGCUGGCUCCACCACCACCACCUUCAGCACCAAGACCCGCUGGUGGUUUCACAAAAACAGGCCCCAGUCGUCCACGAAAGGCAUCUUUGAGAAAGCAUCAGAGACUGUCAAGGCUGGUUUGUAUGGGAAAGGCCCAUCCACAACCACUUCAGUAGUCAAGUAUGAGCUGGGGGAGGAAGAACUGGCACUGCCCAAACUUGACCCAGAAGAGUACUGGGCAAACUACGGCAACGAGGACUCAGGGGUCACUCUGCGGUGCUUCGAGCUUGAAUGUCCACCUGAGUUCGACCUGCCUCCAUCUUCCUCCUCUCCCUCAUCCCGCUCGCGAAUCUCAUUACUAGCCCUUUCUGUUUUCAGCCUCUGCAUCAACCUCCACCUGCUAUUCGGCUGAAUGAGACUCUUAGUGCUACCCCAGUUCCUUCCGGCCUGUUUUAAAGGCUGUGAGGACCCCUGUUAGACUCUCUAUACCCCCUUUGCCCGCUUUGCUGUGAGCCGAUCCUCAAAGGCACAGCCAGGGAGAUUGGGGGAUGGUUAGAUUCUGAAUCUGCCACUACAGGGCUUAACACAUUUCAGGGCUGCUAAGAGUUCUUCAGCUAAGGUCAUAUAUAUAAUUACAGUACUCUACAGGUAUGGCUUUCUGUGUCUCACCUGUAUGAUGUCAUGGUUCCCUGCAAUCAGGGCUACGAGGGCUGACUCCAUCUCUAAUAUCAAUGAGAUUUGAUAGCAGUUGUGAAUGAUGUUGUCAAGUUUGUCACCUCAACUUAGAUAAAACUACUAGUGCUAUAAGUGCAUCCAAUUAACUGGCUGUCACGAGUACAAUUACUGUUAUAUUCAGUGCACAGUAAUGACAAUACUGUAAUCACUUAAAGUGUACAUGUACAUAGAUCUGUAUUCUGUGAGUGUUUGAUCUGACAUAUGUGAUGCAGCACAAUCCCAUUCAUCAUUACCUAAGAAAACUGUGAAGGCUAGUGUUUCUACAGGACAGAGCACAAUGCAGUGAGGCUGAAGGUAAAUGAGGAGAAACUAUACUGCAGCCUGACGGGAUGUCAGAGAGAAAGAGAACGUGGAAAGCGGGGAUGUCAGAGAAGAGCAGACGGUGACAAGGAGAAUGAGAGUGAGAGGAGGGGAAAGGGUUCCUAACAAACAGGAUUAGUAAGAGGAAGAUAUCAAAGCAGAGAAAGUACGGGGGACAUUUUAAUGCAGCAAUAAGAGAAAACGGUGGAAGACAGAAGGCAGUAGGAAAAAAGACAGUGCUGGCAGUAGAAGCAGCAACCUGCAGGUGAAAAGUAAUAAAUCCACUCAUGUAGUUCCUCCAUCCAUCGCACCCUCCACCAUUUUCUGUAAAUACGGUGUUGUUUGCAACACCCCCACAGGAAACAAAUGCUUCCUAUCAGGAAGCCAGAGAUUUUUUGGUUUUUGAAUGUCUUUCUGUGACAUAUUGACAUAAUGUGUAAAAAGAUUGUUGACUUGAACAUCUAGAUAAAAUUGUUUACUAAAUAUUUCCUGAAACUUGCUGUCUAUCAUGAUUUCCUUUGGGGUAAUCUAUUACAGGGGAUUUUCUUUCCUCACAAACGAUCACCAAUGUCAGACAAGAUGGGCAAACACAAAAAUCCUCCUAAAGGGAGCAGAUUGCUGCCGUGUGAAUAAUCUGUGAAAAGCAGACUCACAGGACUGACCACAUGGACCCAAUGUCACAGCCAGAGGCGACUCAGACUGGCUCUGGCUGCGAUGGACAUCUGUGUGUGUUUGAGUGUGUGUGUGUGUGUGUGUGUGUGUGUGUGUGUGUGUGUGUGAGAGAGAGAGAGAGAGAGAGGCUAAAUGAGGAUGAAUGGAUUAACAAGCUGGCAACACUGCAAAAGGCAAAUACGUCAUUAGGUUUAUCACUCCACUGAGUCAAUCCUGGGUGAUGCCAGAUGGACCAAAGAGGUGCAAAUUGUCUGAUUUUUAAAUACACCAAGAGAGCACUGAAAGAGUUUGGAGCUGGAGAAAGCAACAGGCAGAGGAACAGCAGACUGAGAUGAUGUGAGGGUAUAGAGAAGUGGCCUGCACUUCAGCAUCAGCAGAAGUGUUCAGCAGCAGGAGAAAUGCAAAAUAAGGAAGACGGAGGAAGUUACCAAAUACAGGCACACUCUCGUCAGCAGCAAUAGCAGCAUUUCUCAACCCCUCCCUCUUCCAAUCGAGUUUCCACAUCACCAUGUAGGAAGGAAAGUGAAUAGCAGCUCCUGCCUUGUUUUUCUCUAACGCUGUCUCAAUCUCUCAAGGACAGAGAAAGGAUGAAAAAAGAGCCUCUGUAGAGGUGAUGAGGGCAAGACCAAGAUGUAGUAGGAGUGAAAGAGUAGGAGGUAAUUUAAGUGAAGGACAGAGAGAAAGAGAGAGAUGUUCUCAUAGUCAGUUAACCUGGCUUUAACAUGAACAAGAUUACAAAAAGAUCAAUUUUUUUUUUUUUCCCUCAAUCUAUUUUUGAGAAUUAGAGAAAAUGAAUUGAGGUCAAUGAAAGUUUUUACAAAGAAUAUGUCUGGGAAAUAUUCAGUGUCAAAUAUUUAGAUGUUUAAUCUCUUCACAGAGUCUUGUGGAGGAGGUCAAACUGAGCCAGGGUGCUCUUCAGUGGCCAUGACAGUGAGGUCACUGUCAGACGACCAAAGUGCCAGUUAUACCAUUUUCCAUGUUUCUUUGUUCAGUCCGUCACUGUGCAUGUGUAUGUUUUGUAUCUGAGAAAGAAAUGAUGAUUAUAUAUA